AUGGAAGCUGGGACGCAGGCAGACACGAUGAUGUUAGAAGAAAACCGGCUGGUGCGGCACAAGGAGCCGAGAUGGGGACCGACGCAUCCUCGUGACGACCAAUCGAGCCCGAGUCGGAGGUACUUUCAGUUUGAGAAUGAAAUCGUCCUGCGUGGAUUCGAACGCGGAGACUGUAGCACUCACCAGCAGCCGCCCGACGAGGUUCGGUUCCUUUCCACAUUGGCGCACGCGCAAGUUGCGGCGCAGGACGCGGCGCAAGAGGCGCCAAACGCGCAAUGGGUCGCGCAAGUACCUCAAGGGGCGCGGCAAGACGGAAACAGCGGCGGAAGCGCUGGCGUCAUGCUCUUCGGAUGCAACAUUUCGAUUUCGCCGCCCGCAAGCCGCGAUUUCCAAAAUCCGUGCGGCACGGCGGAACAGACGGGACCCCUCGACAGUCUGGAACAACGGCGCGCUGGCAGAGCAGCAUCAUAUUCCCCCCACGAGACCGCCAUUUCGUCAAACCCUGCUUUGGGGCGCAGCGCCUCUGCAAGAAUAUUGACGCCUGCUGGCGGCAUGUCAAUCGACCACCGCGCGUAUGACGACGCCACGAAUGCCUCUCAGCUCCUCACUUCGAACUCCUUCCCCACCGCUCGAAUUCGCUCGCAACACAAUGCGGCCUACUACACACUAGCCACGGAAUCGGCAGCGGCGCAGCCGGGCGCUACACUCGCUUCUGCCAGCGCAUCGGCAAACCUUGGAUUUGCCGACGGGAUGUCUUCGCAUCCGUGGGGCGUCGCCGCAGCGAAUCGCACAUCGGCGGAAACAAACCCUGCGGAUCUGGCCUUUGUGCGACGCCUGCUAGAGACACACAUACGGGACGACGAUGCGACGUUGCGAAGCGCGACAGACCCCUCAAGACCUAAUCAUACACGCGAGACGUUUCAAGAGGCCGCGUCGCGCUCAGCGACGGAAUUCCGCGAAGACUUUACGGGCCGCGGCUGGAGCGGCGGAGCGCUCGACGAUGCCGUCCGUCGCGGCGCAGCGGAGAAAUCCCCGCCCGCCGAACGGUUCCGCUUGGUCGUGCAAGCGCUCCAGGAGGACCCGCCGCCGUUAAACCCAGAAUAUAGCGAAGGAGCAGCCAAUGCAGCAGCAGGAAGCAGUGGCUCUACGUUCGGCGGAUGGCCCUAUACCCCUGCCGCGCUUCAAGCCCUGCUUGCUCUGCACGCCGCCAACGCCGCGGCACCGCGCGCUGCGGCUACCGCGCCGCCGGGGGUCUGGGCGUCUGCGGAGGUAGCACUACCACGCCAUCCGCACGGUGCAACGAGCAUCGCCGCGCAAGGGGGACUGACCCUAAACCCCGCGAGUGCCAGGCUCGACCCGCUGGCGGACGUUCCCCUUGUGGUGGAAAGCGUCCGCAGGAUCGCUGCGCGGACGGCUGCAGGGGAAGCAGUGCCGCUGGGGUCCAGUCCCACGCGGCGGAAAGCAGGGAAUGAGGGCGGUGUUGCUAGUGCUAUGGGGGACGGAUCGACAAGUGCGACGGACCACCCCUUGCACAUCCCCUCUCCCCUUACCACCCCAUGGCCAUACUUGUUGGAGCCGUGUGAGCCGAUAGCAGCGUCGCCCGAGGCAGAGAAGGCCCAGAUGAGGCGGUUGGAUCCGAGGGUCACUCCUGCUGACCCGCUCAGUCCUGGUGAACCUGCCACGGCAGAGGAGAGGGCAGGUGCGGUGAUGGUUGUGGGGUUGGCCCAGAUAACGCGCUAG